AUGGCCGACAAGUUUGGCACCGACUUCGCCUUUGUCUACUCUUUCCCCUCGGUCAUCGACCCACAAGUUCAAUUCCCGCAGACCAAGCCAGCUCCUGCGCAGCUCGGGUCCUGUGAUGACUGGCAGAAUGCGGUCCUGCAAUACCUUGACGGCGACUACGCUGUGCCCGACUUCAUUGAUAUAUCCUGGGUGACCUCGGAUAUACAGCACGCCACAUGGACGGCGUUCUACGCGAACUCUAGUCUUUCAAACGAAGAAUUCUUUGAAAGGGCAAACACGGAACGUGCUCCCAUCUUGCCAGACCCGACCAACUCUGCAAACAUGGAGUCCAGCUGCGUGCAGCGCUGGGAGGACGGCGACGUCGCCUCGACUCCACCAUCAGUGCCUGCCCCUCCCCCCGCUCCCACUGUCUCUCGCGGACUCAGAUUCGAUCCAGCCCCACGGAUAUCGCGCUCACGACAACUGGUGCAAACGCUGUGGGACCGGCCCUUGCCGGGGGGCACUACGGUCGAGGCACCCCCGGUGCCCAGGCAUCAUUCAGGCGGAGAGGCUCCUGGUGCGAACCGGUCCAUCCUAGAGAUUGUACAGGAGAAGGCACGACGCCAGACGGCGAAGUCCACUCCUGCUACCUCCGACACCCACUCCAUGCCGGCCACCGAACAGGCGCAGGCUCCAGCGCCAACAUCGGGAAGUCAGACGGCGUCACUCGUUUACGAAUUCAUUGAGUACGAACCCGAGUCGUCUCAGUCGCCGACCACCUCGAAGAAGAGGAAGACGCCAACUCCGCUGCCUGAGGAAACCCCGAAGGCGAAGCGGAGGAAACUUCCCAUUUAUGCAAAGUCAUCGGCACUCAAAACGUUUUACUGGGAAGCGCGGCACAUGGGCGGGGAUGGCAAGCUGCUGCCAGUGAAGUAG